CAAGAAGGCAGUGUGAUUUGAAUUCGAAUCAAAUGAAAAUGAACGUAUUGAACUAGAUCUAACUGCUAACGGUCCGUCAUUAUUUUGUGUUCCUUGUUGUGACACGAGUAUUUGUGAGUUCCUAGUGUUUAAAAUUAAAAUAACAUCACAUUUAAGUUUGUUAAAGAACUGAAAAAUGACUCCAACCAUAACUCGUCAAGCCAAAAAUACGGGAAUGAAGAGUCGUCAGGUGCAAGCAAAGGUCACGUCAAGAUUUGCAUCAUUCUCAGUUAACGCUGAGGAGCAAGUGAGACAGUUUCGGGAGGCCAGAAAGGCUAGGGAGACUGAAAGACUGGAGAAGUUACGAGACUCUCGCUUAAAAAACAGUUCUGCUGCGGCUUCGACUGUGUCAGCUUCAAUUUCUAUUACAAGUUUUGCAUCAUCUAGCUGUCCACCUUCCAAGCCCCGAGUUCUAGGCGUUUUAUUGAAUAAGUCACAAGCAUGUAGUACUACGAUAAAGUCAUCUGCCCUAAGUCAGAGGUCUCAGCCUUGCCAAAGAACAACACAUCAUUUGACGGAGACAAGCUCCAACAAUAAUCCUAAUGCUGCUACCAAAUGUAUGCCAGCUUUAAAUCUGCCAACCAAACGUACGGCAGGGGUGAUUUCGUCUCUGAAGUCACGCAGAUCAAAUGGUGGAAGGCAAAGCCUUUCCAAAAAAAGGCCAGAUCUGAAGUUGUCUAACAAAGCAAAGCGUAAAGUGCCCAAAGCUGAAGUGAAGCUGACGAAAACUGCUCAAUUACGCAUGAUGAAAUGUGACCCUCUUCUUGAUCUUUCACAAUUCAAAAGAGAUUCAAACAAACGGAUAGUGUUGCCUUUACCUGCAUCCGUACCAAAACCAGGUAAUGAUUCUAAGAAUGCUAAGGCACCCAUUGAGAGGGGCGAUAUUGAUGUCACUACUAGUGUGAUUGUCGAUGGAUCUAAUCUGGGUAUUCAGAACAAUGACCAAGUUCUGAUCAAAGAUGAAAGUCAGAGAAAAACAUCUAUGAAGAAAAAAUCUAUCUCUGACCCUAGUGUGAAGAAAAGCAUAUCUCUUACUUGUGAUUCACCAUCACACAUUCCUAGACUAAAAACUUCUUUUGUUAGCCCAUUAAGGAAGACUGUGCCCUCAACUCCGAGGCCUAGCCCAUUGAGGGCAAGGCUAGCCGAGUGGCUUGAGAAACGUGAUCAUUCAUUAGACAAUUUUAAACAUUUGAAGUGUUUUGGAGUCCUUGGUCCAGUUGUGAAAAGGCCUCAAACUCCUUUCCGUAAGGCCAUAUUGUCUACCAGUACUCUUAGGGCUAUCCCUGAAAGCAGUGAGUCCACUUCCCUUAAUGAGAAAGUUGAGGAUACCUACGAGGAAGAUGAUAUUGGACUUAACUCUACAUUUACUCUAGAGGAUGAGGACAAAGAAAACAUUUGUGGAGGUUUUGAGACACAAAUGCAGGUGCAAAACACGACUGUUGGAAACCUACCUCUGUCUCCCAAUACUCAGAGGAUCAAGGACUUGGAUCAAGCACAUGGUGUUUUAUCUGAACUUCAUAGACUUAUAAAAAUGGCAUAUCCUACUGAGCAAUGUGGACUCUGGUUGAAAGCCAUUCGUCGACGCUUUCCUCAGUGUGGUGAGGAACCAAUAUAUUGGGAAUGCCUGGCUUCCCUGGAAGAAAUUCGUGGGGAUUUUGAAUCAGCUGUUGCUUGUUAUGAGCGAGCAAUUUUGCAAGGUGCAGAGAGCUGUGUUCAGAGUUCACUGGACCAACUGCAUCAAAAGAUGUCUGACUUACAUAUAGAACCUAUUCCAAGCACAAAUAUGAACAAUGUUAAAAGAACACAGAACAACUUGCCCCAAUCCAAAAACAUAAUCAAAUCAUCUUCUAUUCAAUUCGCUGUGCAUGAAAAGUGUGGCUCCUCAAAGAAGACUGUUAUAGAUGAAAACAAAGCUGACCCAGUUUUCACUGCUACACCUGUCAGGCGUUCUAUGCGUCUUGCAGGCACUCCAUCCAAGGGUACUCCUGGAAUAACAUGUGUACGUUCCCUUGAGUUCCUUGAGCCCAAAAUUAAAAAUUCUCUUAUCUUCCAUGGAAACAGUGCCUUGGAUCCAAAUGAAAUGAAAUGUUAAUUGCAUUCAUUUGUGGUUUGUUGAUACAUUUACAAGUUUACUUUUAUGCAGUCAUAUUUUUAUAGUUUAUCAUAUUCUUGUGUUCUUUUCUGUAAUUUUAAACACAACAAAUUUCAUUUCAUGAGAUAUUACUUUUCUGUGGCUAUUGUCGCGUUCAAUUGGAUUCCCUUCAACAAAUAUAUGUAUUUAGUUAACUGUUGAAGCUGCGUAAUAUUGGGAAAGGUUACUUCUUUUCUUCAAAAUAAUAUGUUAUUAUAGUUUAACAUCUAUCUGCUUUUACCAUGUUGUGUAUGCUUUGUCAAAACAAAACCUCUGUUGCUUGUGGGAGAGUUUUUUUUACAUAUAUAAAUAGUGAGGAGUGGGAUGAGUAAUGAAAGCAAGAAAAUA